AUGACAGAGGAGAAGUGGCUACUCCAUGUGGAGCAGAAGUUCAAGGCCGAGGAUAAGAUGGCCAAACAAACGCCGAAAAUGAUGGCUGAGGUUAUCGCUGAUGAGAUACAGAAAGAAGAGCAAAACUCUGCCGUUAACGAGUACAAUCUGACAGCAAAGUGGCGGGCAAUACUCCGGCAGACAAAGACACAAGAGCUGCACAGAGACAUUGACGUGCUCAGACAGACCUUUGAGAGAACGAUGGACCACAUGGACAAUCUUAUCAAGACUCUGGUUGAUGACAUCAGUGAGGCGACACAGCAGUUGAACCAAUUGGUGCACACCAACAAGCAGAACGUGGAGCAGCUUCUGGACCUGCAGAAAGACAGGCUGACCUCCCUCAGGCAAGCGUUUAGCUCUGAGGUUGAUGAUCUCAGAACCAAGCACAACACUAAGAGGGAGCAGAUUAUGACCCAGCAUCAGCAGGACCUCACUUCCCCACAGGAUGUGAUCUACUCUUUGAAUGAGAGUCACAGCGAGUGGCAGUCUGAGGCCCAACAAGACUACAAAGCAGCCUGCUACAACAUCAAAGACUGGCGCAAAAGACUGAGGAGUGCUGAGCAGAUGCAGCACUGGGAGAAGUUGACAAAGACAUGGCGGCAGGGCAAGAAUGCAGAAAAGAGGUACCGCGAAAACACCGAUGACAACCGCACCACCUGUGAGACGCUGCAGGCCCACGCGGAACGCUGCAGCGUCGAGGUCAACGACCUGGCCAAAAAAAUCAAGAUGCUGAAAUCGCAGGAGGCUUUUCAGGCCAGGAUGAAGAAGCAGGACAAGCAGGAACACAAGGACAAUGUGGCAGCCAUGCAGGUCUUUGUGAAAGAAAAGAAGCAAAAAUGUGUGGAGCAGAACUCUCAGCUGCGCAGAUACCAGGCCAAACGGGAGGCCAAACUAAAGAACAUGGUUAUGCAGAAACACCACGGUUUUACAAAACUACAGGGCAUCGUUGAAAAGGGCAAGAAGCUGAUCCGGCUGACGGAGGUUUGCCGAAAGCUGGAGACGGAGAGCGAGAGAGAGCAGCCUUUCUAUCGCUCCACUGUGAGCUCUGAGGAGCAGAGCCUGGUGAUGGCUGACCAGGAGGGGACCUCCGAGUCGGCCCAGCUGACAGAGGACUACAUGGGUCUGGAGGGACUCUGGGACCGCUGCAGCAAGGUCCAGCUGGAGAAUGGCUGCCUGCAGCGGUAUAAAAAGGAGCUUGCUCAGGAGAACCUGCGGCUACAAACCCUGAGGAGCCAGAACAAAGCUGCAGUCAAUGACGAUGUCCGCCCCCAGAGCAGAAGCCAGAUAACGGGGAACCGCGUCACCCUGUGCCAGCGACCGUCACCUGGGCAACAGGCCACCCGCAGGCUGCCCCGCUGA